UAUCUGUCAUUUAAGAACAUACAAGCCACUUUACAAGCUGGUCCAAACAUCUCCUCUGACUCAAAGUAGCCAUUGAUAAAAAGUUACAAUGAAGUACUCUCUCAUCUUCGCCGUCUUGGUUGGAGCUGUCGCAGCUGUUCCCAUCGCUGGACUGGAGGAGACUCGAAACAUAGCGGUACAUGAGAAACAAGCCCGUGGCGACGAGGCUAUUGAUGUGAGCGGCUACAACUGGAAGGAGAAGAAAGCCCGUGCUGAGGACGUUGAUUUGGCUGCGAAUGCAUGGAAGGAAAGAAAGGCUCGUGGCGACGAGGCUAUUGACGUGAGCGGAUACAACUGGAAGGAGAAGAAAGCCCGUGCUGAGGACGUUGAUUUGGCUGCGAAUGCAUGGAAGGAAAGAAAGGCUCGUGGCGACGAGGCUAUUGACGUGAGCGGCUACAACUGGAAGGAGAAGAAAGCCCGUGCUGAGGACGUUGAUUUGGCUGCGAAUGCAUGGAAGGAAAGAAAGGCUCGUGGCGACGAGGCUAUUGACGUGAGCGGAUACAACUGGAAGGAGAAGAAAGCCCGUGCUGAGGACGUUGAUUUGGCUGCGAAUGCAUGGAAGGAAAGAAAGGCUCGUGGCGACGAGGCUAUUGACGUGAGCGGAUACAACUGGUAGUAGAUGGCCCAUAGCAAAGACCGUCGUCCAAGUCGAGAAGUGGUCACGCCAGCACAUUGUACGUUGCUUUGUAUCUUUUUGCUUUCAAUGCCAAGAAAUAUAACCCUUGCGUGUAGGUUGAAGUAUUCCAGUUGACUUAAUAGACAUAAAUCAAAACCGUGGUAUAUAUUGCGGUCCUGGAGGAAAUUUACUUGGGAAACGUGACGCGCUGGGGAAGGCAUUCUAGGUCUCCGGGAUAGAGACUCGACUUCAAAUAGCAAGC